GCAAACCGGUAACACACCGACUGAGUCGAUGAGACGUCAGCGGCCGCUGGCAAACUCGGACUAAAGCGACUGGAAUAAAACCCACAUUUUCGACUCGGCAGCGGAUAUUCAUCUAUAAACUUCAUAUCUGAGUGGAUGUCUUUAAAUUAUAAGAGAUUGUCAUUUAGAAGACACCGCGAAUGGUCCGAGGCUCCUGACAAACUAUUUUUCGCGACGGCUGUUAAAGAUAUUUCCUUCGGGGUCUUUUGGCUUGUCAACUGGUAGCAAUUACGGAUCAUCGACAUACGGUAGGAGACACGGUGGGGAGUUCGUGCCUUUUGGUUGACUGACUCGGUACUGGCUGGGUGGACCUCCGACCGUAGCAGAACCUCGGAGCGGCCCGCUUCGACAGCCAGGGUGUAGUUCGGUUUACGGAGGACAUUCAUUGGCUUUAAACAAACACCUUUCAGCCGGUAUUUGAUCCCCAGGAGCCGGCUAGAAUCCGGACAGAGACCUCAUGAAUGGAAAUCGGAACUACAGGAGCCGUUGGGGCUGCGCCCCUGUUCUCCGUACCUCGGAGGCCAGGCUAUGGCACCAUGGGGAAGCCCAUCAAGCUGCUGGCCAACUGCUUCCAGGUGGACAUCCCCAAAAUGGACGUCUACCUGUAUGAUGUGGACAUCACUCCCGAAAAGUGCCCACGUCGUGUUAACAGGGAGGUGGUGAAUUCCAUGGUGCAGCAUUUUAAGGUGACAAUCUUUGGGGACAGAAGGCCAGUCUAUGAUGGCAAGAAAAGCCUCUACACCGCCCAACCGUUGCCAGUGGCCACAGGGGGGGUGGACCUGGAUGUGACCUUGCCAGGUGAAGGUGGGAAGGACAGGCUGUUUAAGGUCACCAUUAAGUUUGUGUCACUGGUCAGUUGGCACUUGCUGCAUGAGGUCCUCACUGGGAGGAGCACACCUGAUCCUCUGAACCUGGAUAAGCCAAUCAGCACCAAUCCCGUACACGCUGUAGAUGUUGUUAUGCGCCAUCUGCCCUCUAUGAAGUACACCCCAGUGGGACGAUCCUUUUUCUCUUCCCCCGAGGGCUAUGAUCACCCACUGGGUGGGGGGAGGGAGGUGUGGUUUGGCUUUCACCAAUCGGUGCGUCCAGCUAUGUGGAAAAUGAUGUUGAACAUUGAUGUGUCUGCCACUGCAUUCUACAAAGCUCAACCUGUGAUUCCGUUCAUGUGUGAGGUUCUGGAUAUCCACAACAUCGAUGAGCAGCCUCGACCUCUUACUGAUUCCCAUAGAGUCAAAUUCACCAAAGAGAUCAGAGGUCUAAAGGUGGAGGUCACCCACUGUGGCACCAUGCGGAGGAAGUACAGGGUGUGUAAUGUUACUCGCCGGCCAGCCAGCCACCAGACGUUUCCAUUACAGUUGGAAAAUGGACAGACUGUGGAGAGAACAGUGGCACAAUACUUCAGGGAAAAGUACAACUUACAGCUCAAGUACCCCCAUCUGCCCUGCCUGCAAGUAGGGCAAGAGCAGAAGCACACAUACCUGCCUUUAGAGGUGUGCAACAUUGUGGCAGGCCAGCGCUGCAUUAAAAAAUUAACAGACAACCAAACCUCCACCAUGAUCAAAGCCACGGCCCGCUCGGCACCGGACAGACAAGAGGAGAUCAGCAGACUGGUGCGCAGUGCCAACUACAACUCGGACCCCUUCGUGCAGGAGUUUCAGUUCCGUGUACGGGAUGAGAUGGCGGAGGUGACGGGUCGUGUCCUGCCCGCCCCUAUGCUGCAGUAUGGCGGCAGGAAUCGUACAGUAGCCACCCCAAGUCAUGGAGUGUGGGAUAUGAGAGGCAAGCAGUUUCAUACUGGUGUGGAGAUAAAGAUGUGGGCCAUUGCUUGCUUUGCCACUCAGAGACAAUGCAGAGAGGAAGUUCUCAAGGGCUUUACAGACCAGCUGCGGAAGAUCUCUAAGGAUGCAGGGAUGCCCAUACAGGGCCAGCCAUGUUUCUGCAAAUACGCUCAGGGAGCCGAUAAUGUGGAGCCCAUGUUCCGCCACCUGAAAAACACCUACGCUGGCCUCCAACUCAUCAUCGUCAUAUUGCCUGGGAAAACUCCUGUCUAUGCUGAAGUGAAACGUGUUGGAGACACUCUUCUGGGAAUGGCCACUCAGUGCGUUCAGGUGAAGAACGUGGUGAAAACCUCCCCUCAGACCCUCUCCAACCUCUGUCUCAAGAUCAACGUCAAACUGGGCGGCAUCAACAACAUACUGGUACCCCAUCAGCGCCCAUCUGUAUUCCAGCAGCCUGUCAUUUUUCUGGGAGCUGAUGUAACUCAUCCGCCUGCAGGAGAUGGCAAAAAACCCUCCAUUGCAGCUGUGGUGGGCAGCAUGGACGCUCACCCCAGCAGGUACUGCGCUACCGUCCGUGUUCAGAGAGCUGUGCACACAUAUGUACGCUGUACCCGCUCCGUUUCCAUCCCUGCGCCUGCCUACUAUGCCCACCUAGUGGCCUUUAGAGCCCGCUACCAUUUAGUGGAUAAAGAGCACGACAGUGCGGAAGGCAGCCACGUGUCGGGCCAGAGUAAUGGCCGAGACCCCCAGGUCCUGGCCAAAGCUGUGCAGAUCCAUCACGACACUCUGAGGACCAUGUACUUUGCUUAGCUCCGCCUUCACAGACCUGUCAGUCGCCGGUCAUCGUGCACUUAGCGGAGGAGGGCUUCUCCCAAUCACAGGCUGCUAAAGAGAACCAAAUGUAUAAUUUACAGGAGGAACUAGCACUGUUAUGCAAUAGAAAAACAGCCAAUCUUUCCAGUCUGCUUCGCUUACUAAUUGUUUUUAAUAUGUAGAUUGCAACUAUACCAUUAUUUAUUAGAUUUGUAGAUCUGUUUAACUGUUAAUUUUGCCUAUUUAGGUCACAAAACCAAGCUUAAGAAGGUUUGCUUGAUGAACUCGUACUAGAUCGGUGAAUGAGGCAGUGUUAUUUCUUUAGGAGCAGAUUGAUGAGUCCUACUCAUCAGGAUUUCGCCUUUUACAGAGUUUUGUUUCACAACUGAUCAAACACACAUGAAGUUGAACAUCAGUGUCUUCUGGUUUAGUUGAAAAUGUUAGGCAGGCGUGUUUGAACUAAUCUUUGGAACCACCUUUGGUUUAGGAUUAGGAUUUUUUUUUAGGUUUGAUUAAAUCGGUUGCUGGAGGAAUGCCACUAGAGGGCAGUGCAAAGUUGGCUAAGACAUCUUACUGUAGGUCCUCCACGGUUCCUCUGGACCAGUGAUCCUCAAAUCUGGCUCGCGAGAUCCACUUUCCUGCAGAGUUUAGC